CCACUUCCAACAUGCUUCGAAGUAUUUGAACCCCCCCUUCUUGUCAUUAUCGUGACGCGCCACAAGGCGAGAGGUACCCAAGUUUGCUGGUUAGCAAGGCGCUUAAGAGAAAUACUGAGAUCACCCAAGAGCUUAGCUGAGCUGAGCAGGAGGAGGGGAGCGUGGGUGGGCGAGCCCGGACUACCUACCUACCUACCUACCUACCACAUACUUGACGCGGUUCGAUGAGGUGUUGUUGGCGUCAUGAUACUGAGGCGCCCAGCUAGCUGCCCCUCAUCGCGUGCCAGUACCCGCACCGGGUCGCGAAAGCACCUGACUUGUACCUCCGUACCCGCCCACAGCGGCCUCUUUUAGUUAGGUACCAAAGUACCGUGCGAAGAAUCGAGUGGCGCCCCACCCCCUUCGGGCUUGCUACCCCGCCAUGGCUUUUACAUCAUCAGGGGCUACGUACCUCCCGCAUUCCUUAGGUACUUCCAACAGGCUCUCCUUUCGCGGCAAUUUUGGCCGGGGCAACUGUCCGCUUCAGGGCUCCCUCCACAGAGACUGUAAAGGUGGUCAUGGUCGGCGAGAGCUGCGGCUUCCGGCCAUGCUACUGCUCGGGGUUCCCUGCGCGUUGAGUGACGGUGGGACUCUAUUUCGUCCAUCAUGGUGAUAACUAGACCUUACUUCCAUAUGAGAGAGAGAGAGAGAGAAACACAUGUCUGCUUUUGACUCUAUGGUUACUUUCUUUACUCCCCUAUUUUCCCUCAAUCAAAAAAGCAUACCAAACACUGGUUCUUCUAGCACGUCAAUCGGAGAUCAAUCGUACCUUUUGUAGGCCAGAAUCAACAUCUUACCCACUACGAUGCCUCACUUUGAUGAAAGCAAAGCAUAUGCCGUCCAGGAGGACGUCUUUUUCGACGACGGCCGCGAGAUCGAACUCCUGCACUUUGUGUACAGCCAGCCCGACCUCGACGAGAUCCGGGGCUCCCCCGAUCGUGUCCUCAAGGCCGUCGACGACUUUGGCCGCACCAAGAAGUAUCUCAUGAAUGUCGGUGAGGACAAGGGCAAAAUCGUGACGGAUUUGAUCACCGAGGUCAAGCCCAAGGUCAUGGUCGAACUAGGAGGCUACGUGGGCUAUUCUUGCAUCCUCUUCGGCGCCGCCGCCCGUGCCGCCACCCCGGACGCAAGAUACUACUCCCUCGAGCGGAAUCCCGAGUUCGCCGCCGUCAUCGGCUCUCUUGUCGACCUCGCCGGCCUCGCCGACACCGUAAAAGUCGUUGUCGGCCCCAGCGACGCCUCUAUAGCGCGUCUGCACGCUGCGGGCUCGGUCCCCAGAAUCGACCUGAUGUUUUUGGACCACUACAAGCCCGCUUACACCACCGAUCUGAAGCUCUGCGAGCAGCUCGGCCUUAUCGGCCCCGGGUCCGUCCUCGCUGCCGACAACGUCAUCAAGCCGGGUAACCCCCCGUACCUCGAAUACGUCCGCAGCUCGGUCGCGCAGAAGCGUGCAGCCGCCCGGGACGUUGGGAAGGCGAGAGUGGAGAGCGGGUGGCACGACGAUCGGACGGCGAAGCAGUACGAGAAGCGCGAGGGCGAAGAGAGGCUGGACCUGUCGCGCAUCGGGAACCCGAAUCUCAACUACGAGAGUCAGUUGGUCCAUAGCUUUGAGCCGACUGGCGUGCCUGAUGGCGUUGAAAUCACGAGAUGUGUCGGGGAGGCGAAGGAAUGAAAUGCGAACAUGAACUGGAAUGAUGAACAACCUAUUUUCAACAAGUCAACUUCGCUACAGCACAAGCAUAUUGCAAUGCAAAUUCAAGAGUGCUUUGUGAAAAAUCGCGACGAAAUGUAGAUCAUGGCAUGUGACGCAACAGGAACAAUUGUGUAUUGAACAACUGUCGUGUGUAGAUUGUUAGCCACCAUUCUAGCGCUUCGUUAGUACUCCUUUGGUCUCAGAAAACUGCUCCUUUAACGGCGUAUUUCAUAAAACAAAAAAAUCCCCCCAAAUGCUUGUUUGUCCCAAGUGCCCCGACAACGCCAAAUUCAAACAAUCUUGCGAGACGUAAAC